CAUGGCGUCAUCGUGGCAGUGGACUCUCGGGCCACAGCUGGCGCCUACAUCGCCUCCCAGACAGUGAAGAAGGUGAUAGAGUUCAACCCCUACCUGCUGGGCACCAUGGUUGGAGGUGCAGCUGACUGCAGCUUCUGGGAGCGCUUCUGUCGUGUCUACGAGCUCCGCAACAAGGAGUGCAUCUCUGUGGGAGCCACCUCCACUCUGGCUAACAUGGUAUACCAGUACAAAGGCAUGGGCCUCAGCAUGGGCACCAUGGUGUGUGGCUGGGACAAGAGAGGGCCAGGGCUGUACUACGUGGACUCAGAGGGGAACCGUGUGUGUGGGGACCUAUUUGCGGUGGGCUCUGGCUCCAUGUAUGCGUAUGGAGUGGUGGACAGCGGGCUGAGACAGGGUAUGUCUGUAGAGGAGGCGUGCGAGUUGGGCCGCAGAGCCAUCUACCAGGCCACAUACCGAGACGCCUAUAGCGGAGGACAGGUCAAUCUGAACCAGGAAGACGUAUGGAAGCUGCACCACCAAUACCAGGAACAGAACAUAUAG